AUGCUCUCCGCCGCCGCCGCCGCAGCGUUCGUCAUACCCCGGCUCCGCUGCGCGACGCGACCGCGGCUGAGGCGGCCGUCGGCUAGGACUUACUGGCCGCGGCCGCUCUCCUCCUCCUCUAACCACGUAACGCCCGCGGCGGCUGCGGGGGCGGGGCCGGGGGAGCUGGAGCCGCCGGACCUCACCCGCUUAGCCAACGCCGCGCGCAUCACGCUCUCCCCACAGGAGUCCCAGGACUUCGAGCCCAAGAUUCGGCAGGUCGUGGAUUGGUUUGGGCAACUUCAGGCAGUAGAUCUUGAGUCCAUUGUGCCUUCACUUAGAGCUGGUACAACGGCAGAUAGUUCUUUGAGAGAAGAUAAGCCUGAAACAUUCGAUAACAGAGAUGCCAUAGUGGAGGCCAUUCCAAGUUAUGAUGAUUCAUAUAUCAAAGUGCCAAGAGUGCUGAACAAAGAAUGA